AUGUCCGAUUCUAGUGAUGACGAAGUAUUUCAACGAGUUAAAUCACAGAACAAUAAAAGUUUUUCAAAAGAGGAUGAAGAAACACUUAAAAUUUUAAAAGCAGAAGACAAAAAUGAAAUUAAAGAUGAAAGUGAUGAAACUAUAGAACCCAAAAGUUUUGCUGAACUAGGAGUGACUGAAGUCCUAUGUCAAACAGUUGAAAGAUUAGGAUGGAAAGCACCAUCAAAAAUUCAAGAAGCAACUUUGCCUUUUGCUCUUGCCGGAAGGGAUCUAAUUGGUUUGGCUGAAACAGGUUCUGGAAAAACUGGAGCUUUUGCUAUUCCAAUACUUCAAGCUCUUCUCGAGACACCACAAAAGAUGUUUGCUGUUGUUUUAACUCCAACAAGAGAACUUGCUUUUCAAAUAGCUGAACAAUUCCAAGCACUCGGAACAUCAAUAGGUUUAUGUGUUGCUGUUAUUGUUGGAGGUAUUGAUAUGGCUACACAGGCUAUGGCUCUAGCUAAAAGACCUCAUGUUAUUGUUGCGACUCCUGGAAGACUUGUCGAUCAUUUAGAAAAUACUAAAGGAUUCAAUCUUAAAGCUAUUAAGUUUCUUGUUAUGGACGAAGCAGAUAGAAUACUUAAUAUGGAUUUUGAGGUUGAGGUAAAUAAAAUUCUUAGAGUUAUACCAAAAGAAAGAAGGACAUAUUUAUUCUCUGCGACAAUGACAAAGAAAGUUGCUAAAUUAGAAAGAGCAUCAUUGAGAAAUCCAGAAAGGAUCGAAAUUUCAACCAGAUAUCAGACUGUUGAAAAACUCAAGCAACAUUAUAUUUUUAUACCUAAUAAAUAUAAAGAAGCAUAUCUUGUAUAUAUAUUGAAUGAAAUUGCUUCUAAUACUGCUAUAGUCUUCUGUUCAACAUGUGCUGGAGCCAUGAAAAUAGCUUUAAUGUUGAGACAAUUAGGUUUUGGAGCUGUUCCUUUGCAUGGUCAAAUGAAUCAGGGAAAAAGAUUGGCAGCUUUAAAUAAAUUCAAAGCUAAACAACGUUCAAUUCUUGUUUGUACAGACGUUGCUUCAAGAGGUUUAGAUAUACCACAUGUUGACUAUGUUUUAAACUUUGAUGUUCCAACACAAUCCAAGGAUUAUGUUCAUAGAGUCGGAAGAACUGCUCGUGCAGGAAGAUCUGGAGUUUCUAUUACAUUUGUCACUCAGUAUGAUGUUGAAAUAUAUCAAAGAAUUGAACAUUUAAUUGGAAAGAAACUUGAACUUUAUAAAACUAAUGAAGUUGAUGUUAUGAAAUUAGUUGAAAGGGUUGCUGAAGCAAAUAGUUCUGCUAGGGUUGAAAUGAAAGAAUUAGAGGAAAGUAAGAAAAAUAAAAAGAAACGUAAGAAGGGUGACCUUAGUGAUAAUGAUGAUGACGAAGAAGGUGGAUACAGAAAAAAGGUAAAAGUGAAGAAUAUGAAAGCAGCGAAAUAA